AUGUUGCGCAACAGUGAACACAAAAUGCCGUCAGAGUCCAAACCUUUGUUGACAGCUCAAACAGAAAAGCCAAAUCAUUACUCAUAUUUGAAAGAAUUUCGAGUCGAGCAAUGCCCGCUCUUCUUACAACACAAAUGUACACAGCAUCGACCAUUCACCUGUUUUCACUGGCAUUUUAUGAAUCAGAGGCGACGACGGCCAGUACGUCGCAGAGAUGGAACUUUUAAUUAUAGUGCCGAUAAUUAUUGCACAAAAUACGAUGAAACUACAGGCAUUUGUCCCGAUGGAGACGACUGCCCUUACUUACAUAGAACAGCAGGUGACACAGAAAGAAGGUAUCACCUUAGGUAUUACAAAACAUGCAUGUGUGUACAUGAUACAGAUUCUAGGGGAUAUUGUGUAAAAAAUGGAUUGCACUGUGCAUUCGCACAUGGCAGCCAUGACCAUAGGCCACCCGUAUAUGAUAUUAAAGAAAUACAAGCUUUAGAAGCUGCAGAGGCAGAAGGCAGUGGAUCUUCAAAUGGUCCUAAUGCUUUAGACAAGGAAAGAAAUUUAAUGAAUGAAGAUCCUAAAUGGCAAGAUACAAAUUUUGUACUUUCAAAUUACAAAACUGAGCCCUGUAAGAGGCCCCCUAGGUUAUGUAGACAAGGAUAUGCCUGUCCGCAAUAUCACAAUAGUAAAGAUAAAAGAAGAAGUCCAAGGAAAUUUAAAUAUAGGUCAACACCUUGUCCAAAUGUUAAACAUGGAGAAGAAUGGGGUGAACCUGGUAAUUGUGAUGCAGGCGAUCUCUGUUCUUAUUGCCAUACUAGGACCGAACAACAAUUUCAUCCAGAAAUUUACAAAAGUACAAAAUGCAAUGAUGUGCAACAGUCUGGAUAUUGUCCUAGAGGUGUAUUCUGUGCUUUUGCACAUGUAGAACAAGAAUUAGGAGUUUCAAGAGACACUGGAGAUAGUGGCACAAAUUUAGCAGAUAUAUUAUCAAAUGUUCUUCCUCAGUCUAGUACAGAUUUAAAACUCAAGGAAAAGAGCAGUGAUAGUUCUAAUGGUUGCAGCGAAGUAAGUGAAUCCUCUUCAACGUCAUCAGAAAUAGGCAAUUCCAUAAGCAAUCUAAAUAGUAGUUUGAUAAAUGCAAAUGUCACAAAUUCUUCAAGUACAAGUAGUAAGGCUCCUGGAUCUCAAUUAACACAUAAGCCUGUGCCCUUCCAAGGAAGGCCUACGAUUAAUUUGGAAUUGACCAACAAAUUGUUAGCAAUAGAUAAAGAUCCCACAUUAGGUAGCGAUUCAUUAGAAAGGGAACAAAGAAAACAGACAUUAUGCUUUGCUUAUAGUAGUUUAGGAAGUUCAUCAUUUUUCAGUAGAGGAAAUGAUACUGUAGAAAGUGUAGUUGGAAAUGCAUUAGAUGAAUUAAACCUAGACGACCUAAAUUUAUCUGGAGCCCUAGAUCGUGACCUAGAUACCGAUUCCCCUACUGUAUCCAAUUCGAUAUCGGUAGGAUUAGCCUCGUCAGCAGGGCUUUUAGGCAGUUCAGCUCCAGUCAACAUUCCAGGCUCCACCCGGUCAGGCCUCGGGGGCUUCAGCCCUCAGGGGAACAGCCCCAUGCAGCCAUUUUUAUCUGCUGCAACAAGGUUUUCUCAGUCAGAUCUUGACUUCCUGAACCAUUCAGGGAUCCAAAUGAGCUCUAGCACUUCAAAGAUGAAUAGCUAUCCCAAUUUUUUCGACUUUCAGAACCAAAGUAUAUCGCCCAAUUCUAGGAAUCACAAUAACUUUAGCAUGUCGCCAAGUAUCAAUAGUAAUUUGGAAAUUGUUAGGUUAAGAGACGAAUUAGGAACGUAUAGGUUACAAUUAAACAAUUGGGAAGAGCGGUUUCAACAAGCAAGGACAGCCUGCGAUGCAUGGCAAAGAGAAACUGAAGAAGCAAAUAGGAAAGCCCAACAGGCUGAAAAUAAAUUUAGUGAUACUAUGACUCAAUAUAAUGCCCUUAAGCAAGAAUUAGAACAGUUGCAAGGUGGACCUCACAUUAGGAGUAUCACUAAGGUGUCUGAAUUAAGCAAACUAUCACUAGGCGUUUUAAAAACUUUGCAUGCACAACUUAGACAAGACUUAGAAGAAAUAGAGAAGGUUUUAUACAGAGAAACAGCUUCUAAAUGUAUGGUAUGUGAAGAACGCAAUAGGACAGUAACUCUAAGUUGCAAUCAUUUUGUUUUGUGUGACACGUGUUCAAGCACCCAAACUGAGUGUCCAUAUUGUCAGACACCAAUCAAUCUCAACAGUAUCUGA